AUGGACAAGUACCAACAACAACAAUCAUCACAUACCUCUCAACAACAGCAACAGCAACAGCAACAGCAACAACAGCAACAGCAGCAGCAUCACCAGCGGCCGCGGAUGCUUACUCCAGAAGAAAAGGCUCGUAUUGUUGAAUUCCAGGAAAUGAUCCACUAUUCCACCCGCUACUCUGAUGAUAAUUUUGAGUACCGCCACGUCAUGCUCCCCAAAACAAUGCUCAAAGCUAUCCCACGAGACUACUUUAACCCGGAAACUGGAACCCUCAGAAUCCUACUCGAACAGGAAUGGCGUGGUUUAGGAAUCACCCAAUCUCUGGGAUGGGAACACUACGAAAACCAUGCACCAGAACCUCACAUUUUACUCUUCAAACGACCAAAAGCUUGA